AUUAAGGAGACUACAAUUAAAUUAAACAGGUUGUCUCUUUUUUUCAAAAACCCUAACCCGCCCACGUCUCUCUUUAUUUUCGUCUGCUCAUUAUUCCUCCCGCAAGCAGGCAGGCGAAACGUCAAGUCACAAAGUUCUCCGGCCGUCGUCCCUAGUUCUCCGUCUGUCGUCCCUUCUCCGUCCGGUUGUCGCCUGAGGUCUCCGUCCGGUUGUCGCCUGAGGUCUCCGUCCGGUUGUCGUCCCUUCUCCGUCCGGUUGUCGCCUGAGGUCGACGUUGCAGCUAAAGGGGAGUCCAUGUAGAUGGUCCGUUUUUUGGCCGUUGUUGCUUGCCGUUUCUGAUUCUUCCGUCGCCGCCGCUUGCCAUCAUGCCAUGUCGUUUUCUGGUCGAUGUCUUCGUCAAUCAAGGUCAUCAAAGAAGCUUAUCAUCAUCAUCACUGAAGGACAGUCCAGAGAGUUUGUUCGUCUGUGUUUUGGAUCCCUUGAGGAAGA